UUUGAAGUGUGAUUAUUGGGUUGUGAAUGAGCCUUUUGAUGGCCUUUCUCAACCGGAUGGUUGCCUAGUGCGGUCGUAACAAAAUGGAAGUAGUUCGAGAAACAUAAGAUCAAAGAGAUUUUCUGUUAAGGACUAAGGGAAGCGACAAGAGAAAAGGGGAGACUUGGUUAGUAGCCACGAAUUAGCACGAAAGCAACGGGAUGAAAAAGCGAAAUUGGAGGGGAGAUCAGACACUCAUCGUUCAUCUAGUGUCUUCACUCUCUCUCUUCACAAAAUCAUCACUCCACCACUCUCGUCCAAUCUUUCCUUUUUUCAUUUCUUUCAUUGCAAAAAUCAAACUCCCACAAUUCUUUAUUUUUUUUAUUUUUUCUUCCAGUUUUAUUUUCAUUGCUUUGGAUUUGUUGCCCUCUGCAAAAAUUGAUUCAUUUUUCUAGUUUCGUAAAUUGGGCAUCACCUGAACCAAAUGCUUGAUCCACAUAUUUUAUCUCUUUAUUUUCUUCAAACAUUUUUCGCAUGAUAAUUGUUGAUAUUGAUGAUGAUGCCUCUAUGAUGGAGGCUGUCGCUGGCCUUGGUGCUUGGAAAAUGGAAGCUGUUGCAACUCAACAUUGGAUUUGAAGGGAGCAAACAUAAAUUUUCUUUUGCUGUGAAAAUGGGUACUUCAGUGAAUAUAAUUGAGGGCUCUCAUGUCUGGGUUGAGGACCCGGAUGAGGCUUGGUUGGAUGGCCAAGUACUCAAAAUUACAGGACAAAAUGCUGAGAUCGAGUGCUCCAAUGGGAAGAAAGUUACCCUCAACUUGUCCAAAAUAUAUCCUAAAGAUAUGGAAGCUCCUGCUGGUGGAGUUGAUGACAUGACAAAGCUGUCAUAUUUGCAUGAGCCUGGAGUUCUGGAGAAUUUGAAAAGUAGAUACGAACUAAAUGAGAUCUAUACAUACACUGGAAACAUUCUUAUUGCAAUCAAUCCAUUCCAAAGACUACCUCAUAUCUAUGAUGGUCAUAUGAUGCAACAAUAUAAAGGGGCGCCAUUUGGGGAGUUAAGCCCUCAUGUUUUUGCUGUUGCUGAUGUCGCCUACAGGGCAAUGGUCAAUGAAGGAAAAAGCAAUUCUAUUUUGGUUAGUGGUGAAAGUGGUGCAGGUAAAACUGAGACGACGAAAAUGCUUAUGAGAUAUCUUGCUUAUUUAGGUGGUCGUGCUGCCACUGAAGGAAGAACAGUUGAACAACAAGUUCUUGAAUCCAAUCCAGUCCUUGAAGCAUUUGGAAAUGCUAAAACUGUCAGAAACAAUAAUUCUAGUCGCUUUGGUAAAUUUGUCGAGAUUCAGUUUGAUAAACAUGGAAGAAUAUCGGGGGCUGCUAUUCGGACUUACCUGUUGGAGAGAUCUCGUGUGUGCCAAGUAAAUGAUCCUGAACGCAACUAUCAUUGCUUUUACCUUCUUUGUGCCGCACCACAGGAGGAGAUCGAGAAAUACAAGCUAGACCAUCCUAAAACAUUUCACUAUCUUAACCAGUCAAAAUGCUUUGAACUAGUUGGUGUAAGUGAUGCCCAUGACUACCUUGCCACGAGAAGAGCAAUGGAUAUUGUUGGAAUAAGUGCAAAGGAGCAGGAAGCUAUUUUUAGAGUUGUUGCUGCAAUCCUUCAUCUGGGAAACAUUGUUUUUACAAAAGGAAAGGAAGUUGAUUCUUCAGUACCCAAAGACGAAAAGGCCAAAUUCCAUCUCAAAACGACAGCCGAGUUACUUAUGUGUGAUGCAGUAGCUUUAGAAGAUGCAUUGUGCAAACGUGUUAUGAUUACUCCUGAGGAGGUCAUUAAAAGAAGUCUUGACCCUCAAAGUGCAGCAAUCAGUAGAGAUGGUUUGGCUAAGACUAUCUAUUCUCGUUUGUUUGACUGGCUGGUGGACAAAAUUAACAAUUCCAUAGGACAAGAUCCUACUUCAAAAUGUCUAAUUGGUGUACUAGAUAUAUAUGGCUUUGAAAGCUUUAAGACUAAUAGUUUUGAACAGUUUUGUAUCAACUUCACAAAUGAAAAGCUGCAACAACAUUUCAAUCAGCACGUUUUUAAAAUGGAGCAAGAAGAAUAUACAAAAGAGCAGAUCAAUUGGAGCUACAUUGAGUUUGUUGACAAUCAAGAUGUCCUAGAUCUUAUUGAAAAGAAACCUGGAGGAAUAAUUGCUCUUUUAGAUGAAGCUUGUAUGUUUCCAAAGUCAACACAUGAAACCUUUUCAAACAAGCUCUACCAGACAUUCAAAAAUCAUAAGCGCUUUAUCAAGCCAAAAUUAUCUCGCACGGAUUUCACUAUCUCUCAUUAUGCUGGAGAGGUCCAAUAUCAAUCUGAUCAAUUCUUGGACAAAAACAAGGAUUAUGUGGUUGCUGAACAUCAAGAAUUGCUAGGUGCUUCCAAAUGUCAAUUUGUGGCCGGACUUUUCCCACCACCUCCCGAAGAGACGAGUAAAUCUUCAAAGUUCUCCUCAAUUGGUUCGCGUUUUAAGCUCCAACUGCAGUCCCUGAUGGAAACAUUGAACUCCACUGAACCACACUACAUUAGAUGCGUUAAACCAAACAACCUACUGAAACCAGCCAUAUUCGAGAAUGUCAACAUCAUGCAACAGCUUCGUUGUGGUGGUGUUCUGGAAGCUAUCCGAAUCAGUUGUGCUGGAUACCCUACUCGGCGUGCUUUCUUUGAAUUUAUAAAUCGAUUUGGUCUUCUUGCUCCUGAAGCUUUAGAAGGGAACUAUGAUGAAAAGGUUGCUUGCCAAAGAAUCAUGGAAAAGAAGGGCCUUAAAGGGUUUCAGAUAGGUAAAACAAAGGUGUUCCUGAGAGCUGGCCAGAUGGCUGAGUUGGAUGCCAGGAGAGCUGAGGUGCUCAACAAUGCAGCCAAAAUUAUUCAAAGACGUGUGCUAACUCAUGUCACUCGCAAACGUUUUAUUGCAUUGAGAAAGGCAGUGAUAUCCAUUCAGGCAUUGUGUAGAGGAAGAUUGGCCUCCAAAAUUUUCCACGAGAUGAAAAGGGAGGCAGCUGCAGUAAACAUUCAAAAGAAUGCACGCCGAUAUGAAGCUCGAAAAUCUUACAAAAGACUUCAUACCUCGGCGCUUGUGGUGCAAACAGGAUUAAGAACAAUGGCAGCCUGUAAGCAAUUUAGAUUUAGGAGGCAAACUAAGGCUGUCAUUUUUAUGCAAGCUAGGUGGCGUUGUCAUAGAGCUGCUUCUUACUAUAAGCGGCUCAAGAGAGGAGCAAUUGUGUCUCAAACCAGAUGGAGAGGAAGAGUUGCAAGGAAGGAACUUAGGAAGCUCAAAAUGGAAGCAAGGGAAACAGGUGCACUAAAAGAAGCCAAAAACAAGCUUGAAAAACAAGUAGAAGAACUCACAUGGAGAUUACAAUUGGAGAAGCGCAUGAGGACUGACUUAGAAGAAGCAAAAGUACAAGAGACAGCAAAGUUUCAGUCUUCACUUGAAGAACUCCAAAAGAAAUUAGAAGAGGCUAAUGCUGCCAUAGCAAAGGAAAAGGAAGUUGCAAAGCAGGCUAUUGAAGAAGCACCUCCUGUAGUGAAGGAAACCCAAGUAAUUGUUCAAGAUACAGAGAAAAUUGAUUCUCUUAAUGCUGAAGUAGAUAACCUUAAGGCCUCCUUGGACAUAGAAAAGCAAAGAGCUGAUGAAGCUGAGAAAAAUUUUAGUGAAGUUCAAGAGGCAAGUGAAGAAAGACGGAAAAAGUUGGAAGAAACACAGAAAAAGGUUCAACAACUCCAAGAUUCCAUGAAAUCGCUAGAAGAGAAGCUUACCAACUUAGAAUCUGAAAAUCAAGUUCUUCGACAACAAGCUGUAUCCAUGGCCCCCAAUAAGUUCCUUUCCGGACGCUCGAGGUCAAUCAUGCAGAGAACCGAGAGUCAUAUUCCACCGGAGGCAAAGACAGGUUUGGAUCUACAUAGUCCUUCAAUAAACCAAAGGGAUGAAGUGGAUGAUAAACCUCAAAAGUCAUUGAAUGAAAAGCAACAAGAAAACCAAGAAUUGCUCAUUCGAUGUACAACGCAGCACCUAGGAUUUCAAGGAAAAAGACCUAUUGCUGCAUGUAUCAUAUAUAAAUGCCUGUUGCAGUGGAGAUCCUUCGAAGUUGAGAGAACAAGUGUUUUUGACCGCAUCAUUCAGACAAUUGGCCACGCUAUUGAGAUUCAAGAUAACAAUGAUGUUUUGGCCUACUGGUUGUCAAAUGCCUCAACACUACUCUUGUUACUCCAACGAACUCUAAAAGCAAGUGGUGCAGCAGGAAUGGCUCCACAACGUCGUAGGUCUUCAUCUGCCACUUUGUUUGGAAGAAUGACGCAGAGUUUCCGUGGUGCUCCACAAGGAGUCAAUCUUUCCCUAAUCAAUGGAACUAUAAGUGGUGGAGUGGAUACUUUGCGGCAAGUUGAGGCCAAGUACCCAGCACUGCUAUUCAAACAACAACUAACAGCAUAUGUAGAAAAAAUAUAUGGAAUGAUAAGAGACAAUCUGAAGAAAGAGAUUUCUCCAUUGCUUGGAUUAUGCAUCCAGGCACCACGAACAUCGAGAGCAAGCUUGGUCAAGGGUGCGCGUUCAGUGGCUAAUACUGCAGCACAACAAGCCUUAAUUGCACAUUGGCAAGGGAUAGUCAAGAGCCUUGGAAACUUCUUAAACACCUUGAAAACAAAUCAUGUACCCCCAUUCUUGGUUCGCAAGGUGUUCACACAAAUAUUUUCAUUCAUCAAUGUCCAACUUUUUAACAGUCUUUUGUUACGACGAGAAUGUUGCUCCUUCAGCAAUGGAGAGUAUGUAAAAGCUGGAUUAGCUGAAUUGGAACAUUGGUGCUACAAGGCAACAGAUGAGUAUGCAGGUUCUGCAUGGGAUGAGCUAAAACAUAUUAGACAGGCAAUUGGAUUUCUGGUCAUUCAUCAAAAGCCUAAGAAAACAUUGGAUGAGAUUAGUCAUGACUUAUGCCCUGUACUCAGCAUUCAACAAUUAUAUCGGAUCAGUACAAUGUACUGGGAUGACAAGUAUGGCACCCACAGUGUAUCAUCAGAUGUUAUAUCGAAUAUGAGGGUAUUGAUGACAGAAGAUUCAAAUAAUGCCGUUAGUAACUCUUUCUUGUUAGAUGAUGAUUCAAGCAUUCCAUUUUCGGUGGAUGACUUGUCUAAAUCAAUGGAGCAAAUUGACAUUUCCGACAUCGAACCACCACCUCUCAUUCGCGAGAAUUCAGGAUUCAGCUUCUUGUUGCCCCGUGCUGAUUAAGAGUACUAAUUAUUUUUGCAGAAUAGAUGUAAAUUCAGACAACAAAGUUGUCAUCCAAAUCGCAUAUUUUUCGCCUUCAUAUUCUACAUUAGAUAGUUCGUACAUCUUUUUGAUAGAUUUAGCUCAAUGCUAGAGAUAGGGAUGUCAUUGCACCAUUUUGUAGUUGAAAGUAAACAAACUAUUUUGGUCCAUUGUAUAAGGGUUAAUAUAUGGAAAAGGAAAAA